AAAAUCCCUUAAAUUUGAAGCCUCAUCAAGCACAACACCAACACCAACACCAACACCAACACCAACACCAACACCACCACAAUUCAUUCAAACAUCAAAUCCCCAAACCAAACACAAACCCAUCAUUCCAAUACAGAAAAAUAAUAAUAAUAAUAAUAAUAAUAAUAAUAAUAAUAAUAAUAAUAAUAAUAAUAAUAAAACAUUUACAAUGAAAACCCCACCAAUCCACUAAUCCCCACUAAUCCUCACUCCAUAAAAAGCCAAAGAAAAGCUCUCAACUUUCAUUUCACACCUUCUUAUUCAUCUACAUCCCCUUCUUCACCAAACUCCAUCAAAAAUAUUAGCUCCAAAAAUGGCUGAAACCAACAAUCCUUCUCUCUUCAAAUUUCUUGAUUUCUCUUUAAGAUUAUGCUCUGUUCCUUUCAGCAUCGCUGCUUUGUGGCUCACUGUCACCAACCGACAAGACAAUCCAGAUUAUGGCAACUUAGAGUUUCAUAAUCUCAGUGGUCUCAAGUACUUGGUUUGCAUAUCUGCCAUCGCUGCCGUCUACGCUUUUCUUGCCGCCGCCGUGUCUUGCUUCCGGUGGUUCAUCGUUAGGGCUUGGGUAUUCUUCGUUUCCGAUCAGAUUGUGGCUUAUUUGAUGGUUGCAUCGGGGGCGGCGGUGGGGGAGAUAUUAUACAUAGCAUACAACGGAGAUAGAGAGGUUUCAUGGAGUGAAGCUUGUAGUUCAUAUGGCAAAUUCUGUAACAACAUGAAAAUGGCUCUCAUUUUUCAAGCUUUGGGAUUUGGUUGUUUCUUUCUCUUGGCUAUCAUCUCUGCUUUUAGAGCUUUUAGUGUCUUCCCCCCUCCCCUAAUCUCUUCCCACUAAACCCAACUCCAUAUUAAACUAUUUGUAAUAAUAUUUGGUAUAAUUGUCUUGAGGUUUUA